CUACGACCCCCUAAAGAAGGCCUCUAGAAAUCAAGCCGACGCCAUCGUUCUGCCUCUGCAAUCCGCCACAGAGAACACCGGAACCCUCAGGAAGCUUCGAGAAGCCGCCCGCGCGGAGCCCCCAUGGAGAAGGAGAAGCAGAAGCAGGGGGCCGACGGCGCCCUCCUCCUCGCGCUGCGCUGCUCCAGGGCGUCUCUCGUCCUCUCCUCUCUCCGCCAGCCACCCCCCUCGACGGCGACGACCCGCCGGACCUCAUCCUCAGCGGAGUUCGAGCUGCGGAACGCGCGCCUCCUCGACGCCGAGCUCGCGGCGGCGCGGCGCGCGGCUGCCAGAAGCGCGCGGAUAUCCGCCGCUGAGAUUCUCUUCGUCGUUGCUCUGGUCCCCCUCCUCAUGCUCUUCGUUGCGCUUCUCGCGAGCGCUGCCGCGGAAGCGGUCGCUUGACCCGCGUCGACGACGUCAUGAGAUUCUGCGGCGACCGAACCCAAAGCCUCUGUGUUAAUUCCCCCCUUCCGGGCUCCGUAAGUUGACUCUGUUGUUCUUCAGCUGAGAAAGGAAGCUACGAUUGUGGUGCGGGCCUGUUUGGUGUUUUCGGUCUGCACGGUAGGUGUUCGAUCAAAUGCAUGUUCCUUUGUAGAUGUGUGCACAGAGUAAGGCUAAGGUUGUAGUGAUAAUUAGGAGAUCGGAAGAAAUCAUAGUGUGACAAAUGGUGCCCAUUCAUUGGGUUGCAUUUAUUUACUGUUUUCUGAUCCAAUUAUGCUGAAGGAAUGGUAGAUGCAGGGAUAUGCCUUGCAGUGUUACUGCUUGUGUGCCAUGAUCCAUAGAUUGUGAAAAGGGCACUGGCGAUGAAAUCUCGCGAUGGGUGUUAUGUCAGGUUGCUAGUCUAUGACUAUUCUUUCAAGUGAAAAAUAAAUGCAUUUGAGCUUAGUACAUUGUGCAUCGCAUUGUAGGCAGCAUCCUCAUCAGGAUCAUGCAUUGCUUUGUUUCUCCUCACUCCUUAGUAUGGGCAAGGGUGGCGUUUGUCAUGCAUCCUCAUUAGGAUCAUGCAUUGAGCUUAGACUUUUCGCUUAUUUUACUUUGAGAAGCUGAUAGAAACAUAGAGAUGUAAAAUUAUAGAUGAACUUGUGGUCGAUGUGCACGAUGCAAAAGCUCAUUUGGCAUUGUCUUUUAGUGAACUACUUGCCCCCUGCAAAUUACUUGUUAUUUAACUGUGUAAACUUAUCAGAUAUUUAGCAUUGUAUCAAAAUACAGACCCAAUAUUACAUCUACUGUAAAUAUUUUUGUUGAAAUUA